GAGAAAUAGUUGAAGACUGAUGGAAAGAAGGGAAGCCAUUAUGAGUUACCAGAACGCUGCACUUGAGUUAAACACAGGGUGGCGGCCUGGGCCAAAGAGCCCGGAGAGAACAGGUGUCACUGCAGAUGAAGAUUUCAGCACAGGGCUUCUAGAAAACCAACUCAGCGUGGACGAUUUUGUGAAAAUACAGCAGGCCUUUGAGUCCCCGGAGCCAAGGAAAACCAUUUGCAUGUCCAGAGAAGAGUUCACGCAGAAGAUGACAGAGGUCGUUGGAUGGGGCACGGAGGAACAAUAUGGGGAGCUCUUUGACAAAGUGGAUGUGGCCCAAGAUGGCUUCAUUAAUUGGGACAAGCUGGCUUCUUUCUUACUGUUAGCCCUUAAUGAGAAAGAUGAACGAGCAAAGGCCACUGUGGUUCCCCAGUGGAAGGACCUUGAAUUCCUCCCAGUGAAACACAAGGACACGAUUCAGAAAGUAGUAUUUUUAAAAAGUUCAAAUCGUUAUCUGACUAUCAGUAAAGAAGGUUCAUUAGGAAUCUGGGGAGAGAAUUUAAAGCUGCAGGAAACACUUCCCAUCACUUCCGAUGCUACGAAGCUCAAACACCUGUGGGUGACGAGUCUUGUCUCUCUGGAAAAUGUAAACAAGAUAGCAGUGGCUUUUACAAGUAAAGAGAUUUGUUUCUAUGAUCUGCUGUCCAAAGAAGAAUUUCCUUGUCAAUAUAAACUCCAAGGCCUGAAAGGAACACCGAUUUGCAUGGAUUAUUGGUAUGAUCCUCUUGAUGCCAAUGAAUCUAUUCUUUCUUUUGGGGAUGUAACUGGAAAGGUUCAUGCAGUUGCUUUCACAGCGGCCUUGAUUUCCCUGUUUGAACGGCCCACUGGUGCAUGUGAAGAUGAUGAAGCCACCAUGACCAUUAACUGGGUGGACCUGCUUUCAGGAUGUCACAAAUGUUGCCAUAUAUUAGAGCACAAACUUCACCGUGGAGAUUGGGUCAGGCAAGUUACUUACAAUGCAUCUUUAGAUGCUAUCAUUUCCAGUACAACCAGUAAUACAAAUACCGUGGUGUUGGCUUGGAGAGAGAAAUCAAAAAAGCAUCUUACAAUGACAUCCUUCAACAUUGCCCAGGGCAUUCAUGCUUUUGAUUACCACUCUCAGCUCAAUUUAAUUGCAACUGCUGGCAUUGACAAUAAAGUUUGCCUUUGGAAUCCCUAUGUUGUCUCUAAGCCAGUUGGUGUCCUUUGGGGUCACUCAGCCAGUGUAAUAGCUGUCCAAUUCUUUUCUGAAAGGAAACAACUUUUCAGCUUCUCUAAAGAUAAAGUUUUGAGACUCUGGGACAUUCAACACCAGCUGUCUAUCCAGAGGAUAGCUUGUCCUUUCCCCCAAACUCAGGAAUUCAAGUGCCUCUUCCACUUUGAUGAAGCCCGUGGACGACUUUUCAUAUCAUUUAAUAACCAGCUUGCAUUGCUGGCGAUGAAGCGUGAAGCCUGGACGAGGGUGAGAAGCCACGAGAAGGCAAUCACUUGUGUUCUUUACAGCUCAGUCCUGAAGCAGGUAAUCAGCUCCGAUGUGGGGUCUACUGUUUCCUUCUGGAUGAUAGACACUGGGCAGAAAAUCAAACAGUUGACUGGUUGCCAUGGCAAUGCAGAAAUUAGCACGAUGGCCCUAGAUGCAAACGAGACACGGCUUUUGACUGGCAGCACAGAUGGAAGUGUAAAGGUCUGGGACUUCAAUGGAUACUGUCACCACACGUUAAAUGUCGGGCAAGAUGGAGCUGUGGAUAUUUCACAGAUCCUGGUUCUUAAGAAGACGAUACUGGUUAUAGGCUGGGAGAGAGCCAUUAUGGUGUUUCGACGCCAGAACUUUAAUCAAUUCUUCAUCCAGUCAGAGGAAUGGAAAGGAGGAAUACAGCACCAGGAUGACAUCUUAUGUGCUGCAUUUUUACCUCCGCAAACUCUUGUCACAGGGAGCUAUGAUGGAGAAAUUGUUCUGUGGAAUAAUAGCACGGAAAAUGCUCACCACGUCCUUCACCCUGAUUACCAGAGGCUGCUCAAAUCACAAUCAGAUACAGGAUCUCUAAAGCUUCUCAGCGCUGGGAGGAGCCAAUCUACCCAUCCCAUAGCAGACCAGGCUACCUUAGGAGCCUGCACCUUUAAGACUGACACUGAGGGCAAAAAUGCUGUUAUGAAACUUUGCUUCCUUGAAGCAAGAAAAAACGUUGCAUUGACAGGAGGCGCUAACUUGGUGUCCUGUGGGGGAUCAGGCUAUGUCAGAUUCUGGGAUACGGUUAAGAAACAACUUCUGGCUGAAUUUGUGGCUCAUGGUGGAACUGGACCCAUUAUAAUGUGUACUGAUAAACUGAAUCGAUACCUCAUGACAGGAGAUCUUGAUGGAUGGCUGAAAAUCUGGAAUAUAGAGGAGUACUGUCUUAAUUCCAGUAAAAGCAAAAUCACACAGGCUCCCGUGCUGGUCCGGUCCUUCCAACCUCACGAGGACCGGAUAAGUUCCUUAGAGACGUGCGAGCUGAGUGGCCGUUUGCUGAUUAUCUCCUCUUCUGCAGACUGCAGCAUUUGUGUGACAGGUGUUGGCGAUUCUCCUGUGUGGACCUUUGGGCAGGCAAAGCAUUGGCAUAUUGAAAACGGUCUUUCCUUCCCUAAAAGAGAUACUAAUUUAAUGGAAAAUAAGGUCCAAGAGGAAAGUGUGAGAGUAAUCCCUUUACCUGCUAAGAAAGAAUCAUAUUUAGUUUCAACAGAACAUUCUCUACUCAGUAAGAAAAACAAAGACACCUCGACAUGCAAUGUCAGGCCAUCAGCUGACAUAAAUCUAGUUAUGAAAUAUUGGGAAAGAAAUACCUGUGAGACAAAUACACAUAAACUUGACCAUACUGAAAUUACACAAAGAUCAUUCAGUGCAUUUAGGUCAUUACGCAUUGGAACCCUGCAAGAGCUGCCUGAAGUGAAUAAACCCGCUUUUCUUCUCGACCCUGAGAAAUAUUUUAGAGAAGAGCCGGUGGAAGAACAACCGGAAAUUCCCGUGCUUCCAUCACUCUCUGAAACUUUGAAAGCUGUAUUUGAGGAAAAAAACAUAUUACCCAAAGAAAUUCUGGAUCGUGAACGAAAAGCCAAGCAAUUAUUUCAAGAAACAAGUUGUGAAGUGAAGAUGAAAAGAAAUAAGAAGCAAUUAUAAUUGAAGGAAAAAUAAAUAUUUCAUUGUUACACAAAGAAUGCAUAUUAAAUGAAGGAAAAGAAUCAAGAAUUCAGCAUCUUUGUUUUAUCCUUGAACUCUGGGAACUCCCAUCUUCAGACAUUAUUUUAGUACUGUUUUUUUCCAUCAUCUUUCACUUUUUCUGAAUUUCCAAUUAAAAGAAAUACUGCACUAAAGAGGGGCAAUCUCAAUAGGUAUGAUCUCGUCUCAAGUUUUUAUAUAAGAAAUGAUCAAUUUCCAAGCAAAGUAUCCUAACCAACUGCUCAUCUGAGUGCUUUUAUAGACAAAUGGUUUUGAUAAAUUGUCCUUGUAAAAUCUGAAUCAAAAUGUAUGAAAAAUAUGGACGUACCAAAUAUCUACAAAUUGGGAAACUGUUCCACUUCUUUUAAAAAUGAUUUGAUAAUAGAAAUUAGACCUCAUCAAUAGCAGCCUUUGCUCUUCAU